ACCAAGUUAAUUUACAAGCUCAUUUAGUUUAAGAAAACAUUUCCUUGAAGUAUUAAAAAAGAGUUUAGGACAUGGGUGUCAAUGCUGAAAUUGAGUUCCCUGUCAUUGAGUUCCGUUCAUCAGAUUUGCAACGAGGAACUGGUGGGUGGCAUAAUUUGUGCAAGAGAGUUCGAGAGGCAUGUGAGACUUUCGGCUGUUUCGAGGUGGUGUACGAAAAUAUAUCGCCAAAAGUCCGAGAAGAGACAUUUGGGUUGAUGAAAGAACUAGUUGAGGUCCCAGUGGAGAGGAAACAGAAGAACGCUAGUCCCAUGCCUUACCAUGGUUGGGUUGGACCAUGCAAUCAGGUCUCUUUAUUGUAUGAAGGCUUCGGACUUGGAGAUGCCUCCAACUAUGACUCUGUUAAAAGUUUUGCUCAACUUAUGUGGCCUGAUGGUCACCCACGCUUCUGCAAUACUAUACAUACUAUGGCGACUCAAAUAGAGGAGCUGAACAAGUUAAUCUGGUUAAUGUUAAUUGAUAGCUAUGGAUUAGGAGAGAAAUGGGAAUCAGUGAUGAUAAACUACAAAACGCUAGUGCGCUUUAUGAAAUACAUGGCCCCUCCACCUGGGGAGUACGAGAGAGGACUCUUUGCUCAUACUGAUAAACCAGUCAGCACAAUCAUUUGUGAUGAUCAAGUUUCGGGGCUGGAAAUUGAGGUCAAGGAUGGCCAAUGGAUGAAGUUGUCUUUAUCUCCUUCUUCCUUUUGCUUUGUGGUUGGAGAUCCUCUCAAGGCAUGGAGUAAUGGAAGGUUAAAAGCAGUGAAUCAUAGAGUGAUGAUGAGUGGAGACAAAGAUCGACUUUCUCUAGCAGCAUUCGCCAUUCCAGUUGAAGGUACCAUAAUCAAGGCACCCAAAGAGCUUAUAGAUGAGCAACAUCCACAACUUUACAAGGACUUUGAUUUCAUGGACUUCUUCCUUUUUGCCUUUUCUGACCCGGCAAAGCACAUUGACUCCGGCGAGCAGCUCCAAGCCUUUGCUUCUCUCUCACCACCAAUUUCCUAUUGAAACCAUGUCUCUAUCGACAAAGAGAAGCCCAAUUUCGGCUUAAAAUCAAUUUUAGAAUAAUAAUUUUAAGUCCUAUACUCGAAAUCCAUUACUAUGUUUUAGCUUGUUAAUAAUUGUAUCGAAAUCCAUUACUAUGUUUUAGCUUGUUAAUAAUUGUAUAAUUGUAGUACCAAAGGCUUCUAAAUCUAUCAUGUAGAGUUAUUUUUGUGUUCUUUUUGUCAUGAAUAAGUAAUGGAACUUCCUUCGCCUUUUGUAUUGUAAAAGUAA